ACAGUGAUUGGGACUAUAGUGUGCCAGAGUUAAACAUAAAUUAAACAGCGGAAAAGGAAAGAAGAGAAGUAAUACAGUGUAGUAAUAACCAGCUAGCAAACAUUUCAAAACAGCCGCAUAAUCUUAUUAAGUAAGGUAACACGAUAUAUAGUUGCCGUUCUCCCUAUUAGGUGUCUCCAGGAAAAUUCUUUAAAAUUCCCGAUAUCAUGCGGAGUAGCAACUAAACCUGUGAGUUAGUACUAAAUAAUGUCGACCUUCAACAGUAUCCUCCCUAAACAAGUAAACUGCCUACUUCGCGAUUUUCCUUUCUUUGAGGAAUUAAUAUCUAGAUGUUACACCAGGUUUAUUAGCAGCUAGCGAAGCCUCCCUAAUAAAAUUCAUCCCCACUAUACCGAACUAAUUACCUUAAUAUUAUAAUGUUACUUGAAACCUAAAGUAAUUCAGUUCCCCAUGAGCAAGGCGAUCCCCACAAGUCCGUAAUGCCGUAGAACUAAAAUGAAAAACGAAAGCGAAUCGCCCGAGAAGAACUUAGAAGAAGGGACGUCGCUGAGCAAACGCGCUAAGAAGAUUCUGAUACCUCCAAAUUCACCAAAAAGUGUUAAAACGAAACGGGCGAAUUUUCUAAUCAGGAAAUUGAAGUUGAAAUCAAAAAGUGUACCUGUUAGAGCUGAGUUGGCAGAAAUUGCUCAACCUUCUCAAAGCAGCUCGCCCCAACCAGCUGAAAGACAAACUCCAGAAGGGGACGAAAAUUUUCGAUUGGCAAAGGCUGCAUCUGAGACGAAUCUACAGGACUCUUGGAAAAGUUCGGAAACCAUUGAGAAGGACAUAACUUCUGCUACAUCAUUUACCAAAAGCGAAAUCAGUGUUGAUUACUCGGAGUUCUACGUCAGUUCGGAGCCGAGAAAAAGUAUUCUAGAACGCGCUAAAUCGCUGGAGAAUUUGAGGAAAAUGCCUGCCUAUGGAGAACUUAUUUUGGAUUCGGCCGCUCUUGUGUCCAAUGCAAAUGCGAACAAACCUAAAGACCAUUUGUAUAAGAUUCUGGUUAUUGGAGACCUCGGAACUGGAAAAACCUCCAUAAUUAAGCGAUAUGUGAAUAGGUUUUUCACCCAGCAUUACCGUGCAACUAUUGGUGUGGAUUUCGCAUUGAAAGUGCUAAAAUGGGACGAGAAUACGCUUAUACGGCUUCAGCUAUGGGAUAUCGCCGGGCAAGAAAGGUACGGUAACAUGACAAGGGUCUACUACAAAGAGGCAGUAGGAGCGUUUAUAGUAUUUGAUGUCACUAGAAGAAAUACAUUUGAAUCCGUAGCUAACUGGAAAACAGAUCUGGACUCUAAAGUGCAACUUCCUGAUGGUUCCCCUUUACCUUGCGUCUUACUAGCGAAUAAAUGUGAUCAGCAAAAAGAAGGAUUGGUAACAAACCCAGCCAAAAUGGAUGAAUAUUGUCGCGAAAAUAACUUUGCUGCAUGGUUCGAAACAUCAGCAAAAGAUAAUAUUAAUAUUGAUGAAGCCGCUAGGGCCCUAGUUGAAAAGGUUCUGGAAAAAGAUAGUAUAAUAAAUAGCGAGAAAAAGAACGAUACUUUUUCAAUAACCAGAGACUCAAAUGAAUCGAGUGAAAAAAAGUGUGCAUGUUGAUUGUUGAUGACAAUUCCAUUAUUUCUAUAACUAUUUUAUAAACACGUAACUUUAGUGUAGUUGUGUUGUACUAGCAAAUUUUAAUUUUAUUUAGUGUUUUAUUCAAAUAUGAUAUUAUAAUAAUCCUUGAUUUGAAA